GCUCAACGAUGCCGAACAGCGGAUCAAAGCACGGAUGGAGCCGUUCCGCAAAGAUUCCAUCCCCAACUCUAACACAUCUGGAGAGCGAGAGCGCUUCACUCUUACCUACAAGGACAACAUCGUGGACGAUGGUUCCCUAGCUAACCAGGCCAAGAAAGAGCGGACGAAGCAGGCCCUACUCGCAAUGCUUCCGCCCUACGAUAAGCUGAACAAGAUAUUAAACAGCAACAGUGAGUGGUGGCAGACGUGGCGGCGGAAGUGCAGCGGAACGUCCACCAGCGAGCAGACGCUCUCGGAAUUUGCAUCUCAGGCCCUGGCUGAGGGAAACAUCGGCGCCAUGGGAACAGUCCUCUUGUCUGUCGGUAUCUGCUCGGAUGACGAGCGCGAUGUCGAGCGGUAUAUCGAGGCCGUUGACCGAUGGAUACUGGCCGAUGAUGAAUACGCGGCCACGCUAGAGGGUAUGGAGUGCAUGAUCCUAAAGGCGAAGUGGUACGCAGACGUCGGCCAGCCACGUCGAGCAUGGCUUGCGUAUCGGAAAGGUCUUAUGUAUACGCAGCUCAUGGGACUCCACCGCAAGCGCACCUCAUCCGCAGCUCAUGAAUCGAUAUGGUGGUCCCUCUACCACGGCGACCGCUUCCUCUCGCUCCUCCUCGGCCUACCCUAUGGCAUCAACGACGCCCACUGCGACCUCUCCCUCCUCGAAAUCCCCGACUCAGGCCCACACCUCCCACCGCUUGUCUUCAUGAACAAGAUCUCCACCCUCGCCGGCCGCGUCAUCGACCGCAACCAAGGCAUCGCCGAGCAAUCCUUCGCCUGGGCGCUCCAACUCGAUCAAGAGCUCGAAGAUCUUUGGAAGCGGCUCGACCCAGCCUGGCUUGAGUUCUCGGAGCUCCUUGCAGACGUGGAAUCCAAUGCCGCGGAGCUCCGAGAGAAGAUCAUGGCACAGAUGAUAUACCAUCAGAUACGGGUGUAUCUGCACCUGCCCUUCAUGCUGAAGAGUCAGGCGAAUAGCAGGUUUACGUAUAGUCGGACCGCGUGCCUCAACGGCUCUCGCGAGGUCCUGCGCCUCUACCAAGCCCUCCGAACUGGCGAAGUACAGCCCCUCUACGAAUGCAAAGCCGUCGACUUCAUCGGCUUCACGUCCGCAGUCCUCAUCGUGCUGGGUCUCUUCAACUACGGCUCGACCAACACACCCAUCUCACCCAAAGACAAAGAAGCCGACGUGCGCCUCAUCGAGAUCAGCAUCGACAUCUUCCGGCGUGCCUCCUCGGAGAAAGGCGGCAAAGUCGCACUCCAAAGUGCCGAGGUUCUCGAGAAGAUGUUGAAGAAGUUCAAGAACGAGAUGGGGCAGCCGCAUUGCGGAGCGCCCAAUACAGACCACUGCCCCGAGAUGACCGAAUUCGUCAUCCCCUACUUCGGCACGAUUUCGAUCCGCAAGGGAGGCAAGCAAGUCAUGCCCGGCCAGAUGCACAAGUCCCUGUCCACGACCUCGCCUUCCACCUCCCUCUCCCAGCAAUUCACGCCCUCCUCUGAAAACCCAUCCUCUUCCACAGACUUCUUCUCCCAGUCCGGCAGCACGACGAACGCCCCCCUCACCACCCCCUCCUCAACCACAAACCCCACCUCCGCAUCCACCGACCCAUCCCAACCCUUCAAGUUCUCGUCCACUUCCACCGACCCCUUCGUCUCCUACGACGGCUUCUACAACUGGGGAAACAUCAACGCAGACAACGCCAGCAACGCUGGCUCCGGUCUAGGAACGCAGAUCAACGAUGAUAGCAUGAGCAAUUUCCCGCUGCCGACGAAUAAUUUCAGCUGGCAGAAUAUGCCGAUGGAUAUCGAUCAGGAUUGGAGUUGGUUUUUGAACGAUGGCGCAGGGCAGACACCCGCGGCGGGGAAUUUGGGAGCGGAUGCGGGCAAUCUGACGGCGGAUCAGUUUGCGCAGCAGGGGUUUGGGGGGUUUGGAUGAAUGACGGGGCUGUUUGUAUGAUAUGAUGACGGGUUAUGAGGUUUUUCUUUGUUGUUUUGGCUUUAGAUAUCCAGAAACUCUCUCCGCUUUUGUGCGAAGAAAUGAAUCAAGCUUUCGUAUGCGACGGCGAUUCCGCCGGAUCCAUGUAGAUCUGACCAAGGUCAAUCCCGUGAGAUACGAUCAUUGAUUCAUUUUCACCAAUCCUUUCAUAGUGUCAUUUUGAAGACCUUU